UUUUCUAUCAGAAAAACAAAACAUUCGUAGGAGGUUUUCAGUUGGAGUGACCCACUGGAGUUGCUUCGGAAGCUUCGUCGUUUAACCGGACGGUUUUAUCCGAGCUUGUUUGGGACUAUGCUCAACGCGGCCGCAGCGGAGAGGAACAAGGAGCCCAUCCUGGCGGUGCUCCAGGACAGCGUGAACACCGGGAGACCCCUGCAGGCGCUGGAGAUCUCCUCCGGUACCGGGCAGCACGUCACACACUUUGCUCAGGCCCUGCGGAAUAUAACCUGGCAGCCUUCAGAGUAUGACCGUCAGUCUCUAGCCAGUAUAGAAGCAUACAGAGCACACUACAGGCUGAAUAAUGUGAAGCCUGUUAUCCACCUGGAUGCUUCUCUGCCCUAUGAGUACUGGGGAGGCAUCCAAGCCGAGAGCCUCGACCUGGUCGUCAACAUCAACAUGAUCCACAUUUCUCCAAUAGCUUGCACAGAGGGUUUAUUCAAAGGAGCUGGAGCAGUGCUAAAGCCACAAGGUCUUCUGCUGACAUAUGGCCCCUACGCAGUGAAUGGUCACAUCACCCCACAAAGCAAUGUUGACUUUGACUACAGCCUACGGCAAAGAAACCCAGAGUGGGGCCUCCGGGAUAUCUCCUUCCUCAGGUCUAUAGCAGAAAGAAAUGGUUUAUUCCUGGAGAAAAUGGUGGACAUGCCGGCAAACAACAAGUGUCUUCUGUUCAGGAAGGAGAGUUUGGUGUGAAGUGUCCUGUCAUUCCCUAUUCUGGAUUCAGGACUGGAGCAGGAUUACCAAACGCCUUAACUUCAAGUGGAAGUAUUGCCAAAUUUUCUAGGACUGUUAAUGCACCAUGUUUCCCCAUAUUCUAAAAUACAGUGUGUUAUCAAAAUGAAACAACUUGAUCUGAAUGUAACAUGAGCUACACUCUUCUGUGCUCUACACGAACGUUAAAUCAUAGAGUUCAGUUUUUUGUUCCCUGUGCAUAAGUCCAUGCAGAUCCAGCCACCUACUCUUUUUUUCCCUUAUUCAUUUUUUAGAGGCUGUCAGAAAACUAACGUGGGAGAAGUGCUUUGGAGAGGAAGAUAUUGAACAUAGAAUGCACUGGAAAUUUCACUUUGAAAGCACACAAACUGUAACAAUAAAAACAAUGGAAUGCCAGUGUAAAUGGUGGUGUGAAGAAUUUAAAUAGUCCAGUGUACAAUAAACACAACGUACUACAACAAAAACAUAAUAAAAAACAAUAAUAUAAACAAAGGUGUCUUUCUUUAGUAUCACAAGUUAUGCAGUAUACAAGCUCACCCACUUGUAUGGCUCCUAUUAUAACAACUACUAUUUUUCAGAAUAAAAACAUUGAAAAUACAUUAAAAAAUACAUAUUUGGGGUUGUUCCUUUUACAUAAAAAAAGCACUGUAUCAGGAGUGAUAUGUUUAAGAAUUCAUAGUGACCAAGCUCAGUGACUAAGAAAAACUACAUUUAAAAAAAAUAAUAAUAAUGUGCAUUCCAUGAAAUUCUAGUACAACUUUUACCCCUAAUGGAAUCUAGAGGUGUCCAACUUUGGCUAACUUACCCAUAGAAUUAUGAGUUAUUACCAUUUACCCAGGGUACCUCCUAUAUAACUUUUAGAACAAUGUCAAAUUUAUAUCUUUAGUAAGUUACCAGUGAGCAAAACACAUGCAGGAGUGACAACUGAAGUUUACUUUCUUACAUAAUUACACUGCUGAAUUCCUGCAG